UAACUGCUUCUGGUUUUCUCCAUCUUAUUAUGCCAUCACCUCUUCCUCUUAAUUGUUUUCUUUCUUUUGAGUAUUCCCCAUCUGCACAUUUGCGCCCCUGCAGUAGCCCUUUAGUUAUCCCUGGCAAAGACAGCAAAAGCUUUUUGGGGGGAACUCCUUCAGUCAGGACUCGCCGCUUGCCUCCACGCCUGGCCUGGUGCUCCAUUGACUGGGAGCAACUCUGCCUCCUGCAGCCCAUAGGCUCUGGGGGCUUUGGUUCUGUCUACAAAGCUACCUACCAUGGUACAACUGUGGCUGUAAAGCAGGUGAAGAAAAGCAGCAAAAACCGGCUGGCAUCGCGACAGAGCUUCUGGGCUGAGCUGAACGUAGCCUGGCUACAGCAUGAUAAUGUGGUACGUGUGGUGGCUGCCAGCACGUGUGCCCCGGCCAGUGAGAACAGCCUGGGCACCAUCAUUAUGGAGUAUGUGGGCAGCAUCACCCUGCACCAUGUGAUUUAUGGCACUGGUGAUGCGUGGAGACAGGGUGAAGAUGAUGAAGGAGGAUGUGGAAGGAAGGCCCUGAGCAUGGAAGAGACUGUGUGCUAUUCUUGUGACAUCAUGACUGGCUUAGCCUUUCUCCACUCACAGGACAUUGUGCACUUGGACCUGAAGCCUGCAAACAUCUUCAUCACUGAGCAGGGAGUGUGCAAGAUUGGAGAUUUUGGGUGCUCCCAGAAACUGGAGGAGAGCUUGUCCCACAGCCCCCAUGUUUGCCAGCAAGGGGGCACAUACACACACCGUGCCCCUGAGCUCCUCAAGGGGGAGAGGGUCACUGCCAAAGCAGACAUCUACUCGUUUGCCAUCACGCUCUGGCAAAUUGUCAUGCGGGAGCAGCCCUACCUGGGAGAGCGGCAGUACGUGCUCUAUGCUGUGGUAGCCUACAACUUACGCCCUUCGCUGGCUGCUGCUGUUUUCCACGAGUCACCACUGGGCCAGAGACUCCAGAGUAUUAUUAGCUGCUGCUGGAAUGCCAAUGUAGAGGAGCGCCUGAGUGCAGCCCAGCUGCUUCCCAGCCUCAGGGCCCUCAAACAGAGUCUCUAGGAAAACUCAGGACACUUCAAAUUUAUUUUGUCAACUUUUCCUUAACCCUUUCUCUGAACAUAAUUAAUUUAGCCCCUGUGUGUUCUAAAGGUUUUGUUGCUGUUUUUUUAUACUAAAAAAAAAAACAACCCCAAACUGUUUUAAGAAGACUAUAAAUAAAGAGAUUUAAUAAAACUGUGGGCUUUUACCUUGGGGAGGGAAUAGACACAAGGAUCAAGACACUGGCAGAUACAACUUCUUCAGGCUGAUCUGUUGUGUGCUGUCUUGCUCAGGGAGAAACUGGAGAAUGUGAUGUGCAAAAAAAAAUAGUUGGUUUUAAGUAAGUGAAGUACAAAAAAAGGGGCUAAGGAGCUUUUGGAAGGUUCUUUAUAUAUAAUACCUUUUGGUAUUUUCAAAAUGUCAGAUAUGAGUAGUUCUUCACUAACUAGGGUUGUGCAUUUGAGCUUUUCCUCUCCAUUUUCCAAGGAAUGAGUAGGUAUCGCAAAUCAAUGAAUGCAGAAAAAUAAAUACAGAGUGUCAAUGGGGUUUUUUUCCCUUGUUCUUGGAUGUACUUAAUUCCAGUAAGUAUGCUGCUUUUGAUAUGGAAAAUGUGAACUACUAUAAGAUAUACAUCUUGAAAUAAGGAAACUUUUUGCCAGUCUAAGGCUAUUAAGAGUAAGAAGAUACAUUAACAACCUGUACUUUUAUAAGACCUCCCUGCUACGAAGGAGGUGUUAGUUUCAACUUGCUAGCUGGAACACUGCAAACUUUCAUAUCUGAAGCAUUAUAAGAGCAUCUUGUGCAGAGCAGAAAGUUACCAAGUUUUUGAGGUACAGGGUGAGUUAGAAAAAUAAAAAAAUUGGGGAAAAAAUUAUUGGUAAAGGGAGGAUUAUUUGUGCUUCAUAAUGCAUGGGUCAGUAUUAGACAAGAUACUGGAAGUACUGUAAAGGAAGUUUGCUUAAAGCAGUAAUAAUGAUGCUCUGCUGGUACUCAAAGUGUUUGCUAUUGAACUAUCCUCUGCACUGCUUAUGUCUUAUCUACUAUCUUUCCUAAUCUGGCUGUAAUGUGUCUGGGAAAGGAAGCGCUGUAGGCAAUGCAGAUGACAAAGAGCUCUGAUCCAUGAUUUAUCAGAACUGAUAAUUGUACAUCUGAGCCCUUAUCAGAGGCCAACUGCUGUAGCUGAUAUUGCCAUUGUGCUCAAAGACUCUGCUUCUUUUUAAGACAGGAGAAAGAGUGAUGUUUCGGUCAAAUUGUUUUUCUUCUUUACCCUUCCUCCCCCUUGCUUCCAUUCUGGAAAAAAAAAUCCCCAAGGAAUUGAGCCAGUUUCCUGAUUUCUGACACACAUCUGUUCUUAGCCCCGUGAAAUCCUGGAAAUGAGCAACUAUGUGAAUUUGAGAUGAUUCUGUAGGUCUUUAUGGUAUUUGGGUUGGUAAUUGAAAUUAAUGGUUUAUAAAGCAUAUCUAAGCUUAACUAUUUCUUGGUCUUCUGUCCCCCUUAAGCAGAACUGUAAAAUGCUGGCUGGAAUCAAAAAACCUAAGGUGAAUCCUGGAAAAUAUUUCCCAUGUUUUCUCUGUCAAAAUAAUUACGCUAUAGAACCAGAACUUUUUUUGUGUGUGUAGCAUAACUUAUUCUAAUAAAGAAGUUAUCUUAAAGAAGUUAUUAUGAUAAGUCAGUUACCUUUUGAAAUGAUUAGCUGAGGGCAUCUAAGAUAAAAUGUUAGAUAAAGCCAAUUGAUGCCUCAUCUUAACAUCAAGCCUUAAAUAAAAGUGCUUCUCCAGUUUUCAAAAGUAUAUAAUAAAAAAUGGAAUUGAAGUUUGUUAGUAGUCCCUAGAUGCUUAUGUGUUGUAUUUAUUUUGCCAAUCUAGGUAGCUGGUUGCUUAUACUGCUAGAAAACUGCUAUUUUUUCCUUAAUGAUCCUUCAGCAUCAACAAGUGCUACUUGAGUCUCUGUGAGAAAUCAAGCACCCUUCAAAUUCUCUGUUGUACUUGACAGAAUGAUACUGGAUGGCCAAGACCUACUCUUGAAGUAUAAUCAGCUCUGCAGAUGUCUCUGUCAAUUUUUCAGGGUUCUCUUUUGAUAGCAAGUGAGAGAGAACUCUGUACAGCAUUCAAGAUGUAGGCACAUCAUACUCUGCUGUAAUAAUGAUGGUCUCUAGUUUUUAGUAACUUCUAAGGUUUGAUUUGUUUUGAGGGUUUUUUGAUUGCUAUUGAGCUCUGAGUUAAUACUAAUCAAGAAACAUCUCAACCCUAAUAGCUCAGAAUCCCUGGUUCUAUGUGAUAAGGAUAAUUUUGCCUGCUUGCUUCACUUUAUAUAUAUAUAUAAAUAUAUAUAUAUAUAUACCUUGAAUUGCUUUCUGCCAGUUUGUAGUUGGCCCUUGCAAUUAAUGUCCAAAAUAACUCCACUAUCAACAAAUUUGUUUAUCUUAUGGCUCACUCUCUCGCACUUCAUUUAUGGAUGUGCUGGGCAGCACAGCAUCCCCUGAAACACCAGUGGACACUUUCUCUAGCUGAGAGAACUGACACUUUACCCCUGUG